AUAACAAAACCGACAACGCGAACGCCGCCAUUACGAGGCAACGUCUGUAGUUUAAGCAUAACAACCCGCGUUUGUUUUUUUGAGUCUUCAAAUCCAUAUUUACGAAAUAUAAUUCGAGGACUUCCUACAUUUAUACAAGAUGCCUCUUCCGCCGGCCUUGGCCGCCAAAUUAGCGAAGAGGGGCAUCAUCAGCGUGCCCAAAGAACCCGUUAUUUCUGAACCAGAAACCGCAGCCCCAGCGGAAGAAGAAAUUAUCGCUGAAGAUUAUGAUGAAACCCCUCCACAGACCACAUUAAGCUUCAGCGCUGUCGAACCACAAGUUAUAGACCCGUACAUGGGUUACACAGGCUGCCCUAAUAAGUGGAAUGUUUAUCACGAAUGUUCAAAUAUGUGCCGAGAACAAUGGAAGGACCCUUCUCCUCUUAACAAGGACUACGAUGCCAAGAGAAUAAAAAUGCUUAAGAAAUAUCCUUUACCAUCUCAUUGGAAAGAAAUUUUAGAUCAGGGAAUUGGCCGUUUUUACUACUGGAAUUCUGAAACUGAUUUAGUGUCUUGGCUACCUCCUGGGCAUCCUCGCUGCCAGGUUUCUAGAUCUGCAGCAACACUCCGUAAGGAAAUGCUGUCUGAAGUAAACAAAAACAGAGUCUCGGAUGAUGAUAAAAAUGAAAUGUCCCGUGUUGAGGAAGAGGAUGACGACGACAGAGAUGAUCAUGAUAGCGACAGAUCGGAGGACUCUGAGGAGGAGUUGAGCAGAGACGAAAAGCGCGAGAGAAAGCUUGAACGAAGGGAGAGAAGUAGAGACACAAGCAGGGAACGUGAUAGAGACAAAGAUCGAAAGGGUCGCAGACGUAAUCAGAAAGAUGAUUUAGACCCUAUGGAUCCGGCAUCAUAUGGUGAUUGUGGCAGAGGAACUUGGUCAUCUGGAUUACCUAAACGGAAUGAAGCGCGAACAGGAGCAGAUGUAACAGCUAGUGGGCCUUUGUUCCAAAUGAGACCUUAUCCAUCUCCUGGGGCUGUGUUGAGAGCAAAUGCAGCAGUUAAUUCAGGUCCCAUUGGCCCAAAAAAGAAUUAGAUAUCUGCAUGCAGUGUUGCAAAUGUAGCACUUUCGUACUUGCAAUAGCAAAGUAUUGAUAAUUUAGGAUUUCCAUGUUUCCUCUGCCAAUUUUAACAUUCAUCAUGAAAGUAUUUGUACAUCUUUACAGUGCGUUAAGUAGCUUGAGCUGCACUCGCAGUUCUAUAUUAUAUUAUAUCCUGAAAA